UGUUAAAGAAAAACGAACGGUACAGACGCCCAGAUCCAACGCUGAACGCGAGUAGGCGGGGAGAAGUGUGCGGCGGCGGCGGCGGCGGCGGCGAGAGGAUACGAAAGGAAACGAUGCAGGCGCUGGCAAGGGCGUCGCGGGGGAUCGCGGCGGCGGUGCGCCCGUCAGCGGUGGAGGCAGCGCACGGCGGCCAGCUGCAGCAGGCCCGGGGCAUCGUGGUGCAGGUGAGGGACGGGAACCUGGACCGGGCGCUGUCGGUCAUGGAGCGCAAGAUUCGGUCCAGCGGCAUGGAGCGCCUCAUCCGGGCGCGCACCCACCACCACGUCAAGGACUCGGAGAAGCGCGUGCUCGCGCGCAAGGCGCUCAUGCAGCGCGUUAAGUCCCAGGAGCUCGGCAAGAAGCUCCGCGAGAUCCUCAUCAAGAAGAUCAGGGGCCAGUGAGGGCAUAUCUAGGAUCAGCACAUCGGCAGUUUACCAGUAGUACUGAAGUAUGGUUGCUCCAUGUUGAACAUGUAAUCAGUGCCAAUGAUGUAUCUGUUUGGAGUGGCUUGAUAAUAACACAACUGCAACCUUGAGCAAGAAAAGCUUUUGUUGAUUGAUAAUUUUGAUUCCAGAGCUUUUUCUGGUUUAGAUUA